CGAUCACACUGAUUUCAUCAAUGGCAACCAAUACUGAUGUUAUCGGAGCCGAUGCCGGCGACCUGGAACUUGAAGCCAUGAGAAAAGAUGACUGUUCUUGGCACCCUUGCCAGGUUCAUUUCAGCCCAGAUGAUGCUUCUCUUGUUAUAAAAUAUGGGAACGACCGUUUCCAAGACACAUUGGUGAGUGAAAAAGAAGCACUGAUGCGAAUUCGUGUUCGUUCUCUUCCUCUCCAAGAUGAUGACUGCAUUCACAUCAAACCAGGUGAGCAUGUUGUUGUCAACCGAAACUCACAACCCGAGGGAGGCUUCUUCGACGCAGAGGUUGAAAAGGUACUAAGGGUAAGACAUUCAAAGAGGAUGCAGUGUAGAUGUACUUUCAUGAUUAGAUGGCUUCACCAAGACCUCAAUGGUGGAAGUUUAACAGUUCCAUCUAUUUCAGUAAUGAGACUGGCUAACAAAAGCAUCAAUAAUCAUCCAACAAUUUCGGCAUUCAUGGAUGAAAUGCUGCUGAUUAACUCUAAUUUCUCCAGUAUGUCUCCAGAGCUGACUGUUGUCAAUGCAAUUGAUCUGGAAUUCCAAGAUUUAUUAGAGAAACAAAUAGAAGGAAUCAGAAACUCAGUUCAUUGUUCCAAGAAGAAAAUUAGAGAUGAGAUUUUGGGGUUAGAAGUUAAUACUGAUGAGCAAGUAGAAGGAACAGAUAUUUCUGUCCCAGAUGUAAGAGAGCCAGAAAUUCAAAAUUCUACUAAGAAGAGUCAUCUGAGGAGGUCAAACUGGAGUAAGGAGGUAUCACGGAGAGUUGACGUAAAAAAUCCGUCAUCCCCUGUGAUCCCGAGUCCAUCAACUGAAGAGCUUCCAGAGAACAGGUCACCUCUCAAUCCUCUAGCUGCUCGUGCAGCUCUUGCUUCAAUGAUGUCAAAGUUGCCUCAAAGCCUUGAAAUUUCCCUUAACGAGGAGGAAAGAAAAGGGUUCACUGAUGAGGAAGAAGAAGUCUUGAAGUCAUCUAUUCUGGCUCGUUACUCUUCCUCUGGGAUUAAUGAUUUCUUUGAUAAAUUAUCCUCGGAAGCAGAAGUUACUACAAAACCAAUUAGAAUUGUGAAGAAGCCACUCUUUUCUGGAAAGAGUAAAGCAGAAGACAGUGAUUUUAGUACAAAUAUCACACAAGUGACACAAGAUAAGAUGAAUCCUGAAAUCAGAACCAGGUUAACUCGUGCUACAGUUAAGAAGGUCAAAGGCAUUCCUGAUGAUGAUAAAAGGAGUAGCUGUGUUAAUGGAAACAAAUCAAGUACUGCAAGUAACAGGAGGUUUACGCGUUCGGCACUUUGCAAAGAGGGAGAACGAGUAACUAUUGGGACUACAAGUGUAGUUGAAAAGCGUAUGUCAACCAGGUGCAAGGAGUAUAUUACUUCUGACCACAAAGUUAAGGCUGAUGGAAGUCAUACAUCAAAAGACAAGAAAACUCUUUUCACCAUGCCAUUGCCUGUUGCUGAGAACGAAUCCAAACCAAAUGCUCGACGGAAAGUCUUUUCGAAAAUGGAAGAAGGAAACAAGGGACCUAAAGGCAUUGAGGGAAAUACUUGCACUGUGGAUACUAAGAAUUCUAGCAAUAUGAGAAGGCUCACACGCUCGAUGCUUAACAAGGAGGCUGCAAAUAUAAAAACAGAAACCACAAAAGAAUCAGGCGGUGAUGAAUUUCCCAUAAAUGAGGUAUUAUCUGAGGGAAUUGAAGGCAUUCUAGAUGUCAAAAUGUUGAAAACAACGAAGGCAAUUAAUUUGCCAUUCUCCACUUAUAUCAGCCUGUCUCCUGCUGAGGGAAAUAAGAAAAGGGCUAUAUCUGGUGGAGCAGACAGCAGUGAAAAAACUGACAGCAAAUUUAUAGAUUCCAAUGUUGAUCUGCUUCGCACUGAGCAAAGGAACAAGAAGAGGAAUACGAUCGGUGGUGCUUCUGCAACCCAAGAUUCGGAAGAGAAUGUCACAAGUGAUGGUGGACACAAUUAUGGUUCUAAGAAGAAAUCCCUCGACUUGAAGAAGCAUAAGGUGCGAUCUUCACCAAGGUUCCUCUCUAAGACUUGAUCACAAAACCAGGCAUAAUCUUGCUUUUUUAUUCCACUUGGUGCAAAUUAUUGCCUCUUUCAUAUCCAUGCAAUUUUCCUAAUGUAAAAGAGGCUAAUCUAGGACCCGUAAUAUAAUAUCAUGGAUUUAUUAGAGCGAGUAUAUGUGAUAAAAGACUGGUUUGGUGAUCAA